GCCUCCCCUCCUCCCUACUUCCGGGUAAGGCCAUGUCAACCAUGGAUGCAAGUCUAUGAUAUCGGCACACUUCAUGUGUUGUGUGGAUCACAUCGUGUAACCUAAUGUGCUGUACAGUGACGUUAAAACAUCUUUUUGAAGUAACGCCUGUCAAAUAUCUCGAUUUGACCCAUCGAAGCAACUCAACAAAAUCCAGUCAUGGACGGAGAGACAGACGAGAGCCCAGAGGAGCAGCUGGCCAAGCAGCACCGCAAGGAAAAGAAAGAUCUGCAAGCUAAAAUCCAGAGCAUGAAAAAUGCAGUUCCCAAAAAUGACAAGAAAAGAAGGAAACAGAUGACGGAUGAGAUCGCCAAGCUGGAGGCAGAUUUAAACCAGAAACAUGAGGAGGAACUCAGCCAACUCAACUCUACAGGGGACACAAAGGUGGAAGCGGUGUUAAAUGGAGUCGAAAACCUGCAGAUGGACGAUGGAGAAAAAGAAGACGUCACACAAAGUCGUGUCACUAAGGCCCAGAAGAGAAGGGAGAAGAAGGCGGCCCAGGAGAAGGAGCGGGAGAGCCGGAUUGCCGAGGCCGAGGUGCUGAACCUGCAGGGUGUGAGGCACCAGGAGGGAUUGAUGCUGGCCCAGAAACUCGCACUGCAACAGCUUCAGAUCAAGGAGAUCUCUUCUGACGGUCACUGCAUGUACCGCGCCAUUGAAGAUCAACUGGCAAAGCGAUCAAAGCCCGAGAUUGUCGUGAGCAUGAAAGAUCUGCGGUCCCGAACAGCUGAGCACAUGAGAAGCCAUGCGGAUGACUUCCUGCCUUUCCUCACUAAGCCGAACACUGGAGACAUGUACACAACAGAGGAGUUUGAGCAUUACUGCAGCGAGGUGGAGCACACAGCAGCUUGGGGUGGACAACUAGAAUUGCAGGCUUUGACCCAGGUGCUUCGCCUGCCAAUUGAAGUGAUUCAGGCGAACUCCUCAACGAUCAAAAUUGGAGAGGAAUUCGACAGUGAUCCUAUCACCCUUGUCUACAUGCGUCACGCCUACGGACUUGGAGAGCACUACAAUUCUGUGGAGCGGCUAAAGGAACCGGCUAAUGCGGAGGACAGCUGAGAGACGGCUCAGUCGUGGUGUGACGUAAUCCAAUGUGUGUGUGACGCAUAGAGUGUUUGAAUCACUCACAAUAAGGGCCCCUCAAUACAAAUGUAUUUGGAGUGAGACCCCCCCUCCCCCAAUUCAAAGACAUGGCUGUUUUCAGAAUGGGUUAAAUGAUUAAUGUCAGAUACUGCUCAGAGGUCAAAAGAAAGUGGGGAGUGUGAAAACUGUUUAUCAUUAAAGAAAAAAAAAAAACCA